GCCCAUUACGAUUGGACCAAGUAAAACAACAUGGAUACUUGGUUAUUGGUGUAAAACCCGACCCGCUUCGUUUAUACCGACUUCUUCGUCGUCACUCGUCCACCUUCCUUAAUCUUGGCGCUCUGGUGAUUUCUCGUCGCAACGUUUCUUCUUGAUUAGCUCAAGUUCAAUCCCCCUUAACUUUAGCUUUUGAGUAUAUUCUUGGCUGGAAUUGCUGCAUGUAAGGUGUUCGACGAAAUUCCUCUGAGAGAUUAAUUAGUAGAGAAGCUUCAUUUCAAAGGGGGUUAAACUAAAACUAACGCAAAUUACGAGCUUUAUAUCCAUACUUUUGUUUGUAGUGAUUAUAUUUGAUUGGAACGAUUUAUCAAUCUCAAUUUCACGUGAUCCAUUAAAAACAUCGAACAUCGAAACACCAAAAUUGAAAUUUAAUGUAAAAGAGAUAAAGAAUUUGGUUCAAGUUUCUCUUUUUCAGUGCUUACAAUGUUGAGUAUUUGUUGUGUGUUUUUGUAGAAGCAAAUGACAGUUUUGAAAAGGUACGUCUUAAGGCUGUUCAUGUCGAUCAAGUACAUAACAGCAAACGUAGUGGACAGAAACAACGGGAGAAUAGUGACGACAGCUUCAACCGUAGAGCACACGAUCAAGAACUCCCUAGAGUGUGGCCGUACUUGCAAUGCUAAGGCGGCGGCUAUCGUAGGAGAGGUUUUAGCAAUGAGGCUGAAAGUGGAAGGGCUUCAGGAUGGGCAAGGAAGAGGAAUACAUGCUGAUGUCAAGAAAGAAAUCGAAAAGAAAGGGUUUAAGAGUCGAACUAAGGUAUGGGCUGUUAUUAACUCUCUUAGAAACAAUGGUGUUACACUCAUUCUUGACGAUGAUGAUGAUGAUGAUGAGUAUCGUGAUCGUUCUUUUGAGGGUCAUCGGUGA